CUCACUAGUCACUACGUUCUUUUGCUCACUGAGUUUUGUUUAUCUUCGCCCGAGAGAGGAGGGUAGAAAAUACGCACAAGUAUCGUCCAGUGAAAUGGUUGUUAUUGUUGAUUACUUGACCCAAAGGCUAUAUUAGUGCAACUAGUGAACGUAGACAGUAGUAAGCUUGUCUAGUGGACUCAGGAAAGUGUUGUAAAAAAAAAAAUAUUAUAAAAAAGACUAUCAGUGCUGUAUACCAAAGACGCUCCUUGGCUGCAAACUAGCUUCUGUUUUGUCUUUUUAUUAUUAUUUAUAUUAGACGUAAAAGCAAACAAACUAUCACAGUGUUUUGGUUGAAGCUUUAAUUACUGUAGGAGUGUAUGUGUGUAUGUGUGCGUGAAGAUGGUAGUGUCCGCAGAAGAAUACCGUCACAAAAUCUUCGGUGUUAUUCCCUCUCCUGACCACACCACUUAUUACUGUGACACCGACAUGGCAGCAGCUACAGCGUCUCCAGAGCCUAAGGGCACAUUGACCCCCCCAGGCUCCUCCCCCCUAAGGGCGGAGUGUGACCCCACCCGAGACUCCUCCCACGGCUCCACCCCCCCGUCGCCAGAGGCUCCCCCCACCCCAGACUCCGCCCACAUGGCCGCCGAGCCCACCAAUCACAGCGCAGCGCGUCUUCAGUCCACCACUGACAGACCAGAGAGGCACUUACUGACCAAUCAAGAACCCCUAUCGGGAGCCAAGAAGAGGAAGGCGACGAAGGUUCACAAAGUAGAGACGGAGUGCGGGAGUGAGGGUGAGGGAGACGCGGGAGUGACCGGCAGCUUCGUGUGUCCCGUGUGCCAGGAGGUGUUGUCCUCCCAACACGAGUUUACUCAACACAUCCGCAAGCACAACCACGUCCUGGAGACCGACAAUGGCACUAAGGUUUACUGCUGCGGCAUCUGCAAAAAACAGCUGAGCAGCAACAGUUCCCUCGACAGACACAUGCUCGUCCAUUCUGGCGAGCGGCCCUUCCGGUGUCACAUCUGCGGCACUCACUUCACCACCAAUGGAAACAUGCACCGCCACAUUCGCGGCCACUACCGCAAUGGCGGAGGAGGCAGCGGCGGCGGCGGCGGCGGUGGCGGUGGCUCUGAUACCGGGGAAAGCGACUUAGGCUCCGAGGAAGGCUCGUCGUCGCCCUGCAAGCGACGCCUGGACGACGAUGACGACAACCUGGUGUCGGCCAAGGCAGUGCGUCUGGGCGAGGCAGAGGAGCUGCUGGCGUGCCCGGCGUGUGGCGUGGAACAACCCAGCCAACACGCCCUCGAGCAGCAUGUGGAGAACAUCCACCCCGAAUACCAGGUGGCGUGCACCACCUGCCAGGUGGCCUUCAAGAACUACCGCGCCCUCCACCUCCACAACUCUAUGGUCCACCCCACAGCUACAGUCUCCCCCCCGCAGCUCGACCUCACACUCACAGACUUCUCCACCUCCAAGUUCCCACUCAUUGCCAAAGAAAUUUGUGAGGCGAGCAGCAGGCAGUACCAGCACCCGGGGGAGGGCAACGGGGUGUGCAGGUGCCAGCUCUGUAGCAUCACCUUCCCCUGUGUUGACUCCUGGCUCAUGCACAUGAGGGAACACGCCGCCACAUCCUCGGCUCCCCCGCCCCCCCUCAGGUGUCUACGGUGUGACCUGACCUUCACAAACGUGGCAGAGUUGGCACACCACCACCAGCGCCACCUGUGCGAGGAGCCUCAGCCUCGGAAGGAGAGCUUCCUAGCGGUGCUGGAUUUGCUCAACAAGCAGAGCCGCGAGGCUGUGACCACACCCAUCCCCUCCACAAUGGAGAUGCCCUUCCUCGGCGGCAGUUUACGACCGCCCCUCGGGUUGCCGCCCCUCAGCCAGCAUUCUCCAGCACCUGCAGACUCAGGCAAGGCAUCUCCCGAGCACCCUACAGCGGGCCGGAUCGCCGCCGCCACCACCACCACCACAAGUAGUGUGUCGCCACUAGUGUCUACCGGUCCAGUGCUCUCACACGAUGAACAAUUUGCGCGUGAAUACCGCGACAUGAAAUUAAAUGGCCAGUAUCCCUGUCGCUUGUGCAAAGAAAUAUUUGCAAACUUACGUAAGCUUAAGUCCCAUAACUUGGCGCACAUGGUGGCACCUCCUUACCGCUGUAAUCUUUGUUCUUUUUUUAGCAACGACAAAAACACUUUAAAAGAACACAUGAAGAGUCACAAGGGUGAUACACCUUACGAGUGCACAUUGUGUAACUUGGCCUUCACCACCAAAGCUAACUGUGAACGUCACAUAAAGAACAUCCACGGCCGCCAGUCACGGGAUGAGGUGAAGAGCUGCAUGAACUUCAUUCCACAAGAAGAAGGCUCCUGCAGUGACCACACCCUCGACACCGUCUGUCACAUCUGUCACAUCGACUGCAAGGCUCGCUCUGUUUUGCGGGAUCAUAUACGAUCUUCACACCCAGAGGGUAUGACCAAGCCCUUCUCCUGUAAGCUGUGUGGCGGCGCAUUCUCCUCGGAGAAUGACGUGAUGCGCCAUGUGAUCCAGCAGCACCCGGAGGCCGCCUCAGGCCCCACACUGGAGACGCUGGUGAUGAACAGAGCUGCAUUAGAGGACCACCAUGAACACCCAGACCUCACACCCGUAGAGUCCCUCCUCAACUUCUCCAAGUUGCCAAUGCCGAUGCCUCUGACCACCUCCCACCAACCACCACCAGUGUCCCUACCCUUACCAUUCCCACACAAGCCUCCUAUGCCCAUGGUCCAGCCCCCUCGUCCUCUGACCCCCUCCAUCAUUACCGGCCCUCCUCCACUCCCAGACACGGAGGAUGCUCCACUUGACCUCAGCAUGAACUCGAAGAGAGAAAUGGAAAGAGAGGAGGAGGAAGAGGAACUGGACAUUGAGGUGACUGAUGUGAAGACAGAACAAAUGGAACCUGAGGACUUGUCGAAGCCACGAAGGGAACAAGAUGAGGAGGAAGGCGAGGAGAAGAUUGUUGAGCCUCCACCUGUACACGAGUCUGCUGCAGAUGUGCUCAAGAUCCCCAAGCCUCCCUUCCCUCUCAGUGCUAUGUACCCUCAGGGUCUGCCCCUGUAUAGCCCCUUCACCUCCAGCCAGUACCCCAUCCUCAUGGAGCCGUAUGGUAUCCGUCCCGUCCACCAGUUUGACUCGGCUCUCCUGGAGGAGUGCCAGAAGGAACUGAAGCGUGGGUUGCAUCUUACGUCUGGCGGAGGGCUGCUGACUAGCUCUGCGGGAUUCCUGCCCCACCGUUCUCCGUCAUUCUCACUCUCCGCCCUCGCUCUGGCUGCAGCUCAUAGUAAUCCACUACGGAUUCCACGCCCAGAACUUCGUAGUUGUGAAAGUAAACCUCAUGACGUACCUGCCUCAGACAGCCAAGCAAACUCAGUACCUAAUCCAAGUGAUGAGGAAGUUAUGCAUUUUACGAUGCGCAACUCUGUUCUGAUGAAGAAACCAAAGCAGCGAAGGUACCGGACUGAGAGGCCAUGGAGAUGCGACCUAUGUGAUAAAGGGUUUACUUUACGUUCAAACAUGGAGCGUCACAUGAAGCAGCAACACCCAGACGUGUGGCAGCAGCGACCUAGAGGCAUCAGCACCCCAAGGUCAGAGUCAGACACACCAACAUCGGCAGCUGAGGCGCCCCACACCAUCUCCGACACCGUGAGAGAGCAGCUUAUCAACAAAAUCGAGAAGGAGUCUAGCGAAGACAGAGAAGAAACUCGGCAGAAGGAAGAGGAGGAGAGUGAAUUGGUCAUUGACGAUGGUCCGGAGGAAGAUGGGGAAGAAGAAGAAGAAGAAGAGGAGGAGGAAGAUGAAGAGGAGGACGAGGAGGAAGAAGAGGAAGAAGAUGCAGAUGGGAAUAGUACUGACGAGAGAAGUCGUGAAGAUGGAGCAGAUCUAGCAAGUGUUACCAAGCUUCUCUCAACGGCGUCCAACCAGAGCUUCCCUUUUUUUGGCAGCGAGGGUGAGGAGGAAGUACCAGGUGAAGACGACUCCGCUUCAUCCACUCCAGCAUCAGAAGAUGGAAAGCGCAGUGCCUACUCCUCAGCCCCGCAGAAACAAAAGUGUCCAUUUUGUCAAAGAAAAUUCCCCUGGUCUAGUUCUCUAGUGCGUCACAUCCGUACCCACACGGGCCAGAAACCCUACCUGUGUCCAGUGUGUCACUUCCCCUUCACCACAAAGUCCAACUGUGAUCGCCACUUGCUACGGAAACACCCCGACUCCCCACACACGAUGGGAGGUGACCGCCCCUACCGCUGCGUCAAGUGUCCUGGAGCAGCUUUCACCAAUCUUGAGAGUCUCCGGAAGCACGAAAUGUUCAAGCACGAGAAAGCGAGUGACACAGCGGUCUUGAGGGACGAUGCCAGACCGUUCAGGUGCCAUGUGUGUGAGGCGCCGCUGGCAACACGCGAGGCGGCACAGCACCACCUCAACAAGGCCCACCCAGAACACGCGCGGAACAUCGUCAACACAGAGCCCGUCACCACCGACAACAACAACGAGCCUCCUGUUCCAGAGACAACCACCACAGAUAGGGUGAGUUGUAUGUUCUGCCUUCAGCGGUACUGGAGUCUGGCUGAGCUGAAGCAACACAUCACAACGGAGCACAUGAGACCUCACCCUCCAUUGGUUAUCUCCGAGGACGAGCAAAAGGAAGAAUGUCUAAGUCCUUCAGCAAUCAAAACAGAAGUCAAGGAGGAACGCAAGGAGGAGGCGGAGGGCACAGACUUUAUAUCCAACCUGCUAGGGACAAAGCGGGCCGUGGUAGACAGACUAUUAACAACAAAAUCCGCCGACGAUGCCGCCAAAUUGCUGGGCGUCCGAUAAAGGCUGGCUGGCAACUCUGUCAUGUUGUUGUUCAUGGAGAGUGGGAGUCCCAGCACUUAACUGUUCCAUAUUAGGGUGUGUCUAUUCAAGAUAACUUUUCCAUUCCUUAGCUGAGUGCAAUGUAUGUCAUAGCUUGUAGUUGUUCUUAAGGGUUACAUUCAUUAUCUUAAUUUUCCCAUGUUAAUGCAUUCACAGUUUGCCUUGAAAUUCAAUAAUUCGUGCCUUGACGACGUGCCCUAGACACUUCUAUACUCUGUAAGUUGAUGUUCUGUAUAUAACUCUGUAUAUAUAUAUAACGACUCGGUGGUUAUAUUAUUUACUUAAUAUAAUUUCAUUCCUUUUGUCUGUGAUGUCUCCCAGUUGAUUUUUUUGUUAUUUACUCGUUAUUGUUAUUUGUUUGCUUGUACAGUACCUGCCAAAAUAUUAUCCUGUAGUGUUUUCUUUAGUUGCCAAUGUUCCAAACAUUUUGUUCAAAUACGAGGGGCCAAAAUCAUUUUUUUUCUUGUGCCUAUAAGCUUUUCAUUUGCCAGAUUUUGCCACUGUUAUGGCAAUAAUUUAAAAAAAAAGAAUAAUGUCGGGUCGGUUAGGUGAUGUAUGCCAAGAAUGACCGCAUAUCUACCGUAGAUCGAGACAAUCUAUAAUGGAUCAGGGAUUGAGUAGUAGGUUACCUUAUUAUUUAUACUUUAACAAGACUCCUCAUCUCCCAAAGUAUUAAAGGCUAGAUGCCAAAGUUAUGGUUAGUGUGUGUGUGUGUGUGUACAUAAUUAGACCUAAUAAUUUAUCUCAUAAUCUGUAAGGCUACAUUCUCAUCAUUCCAAAGUUUGUAUAUUUAUACUUAUAUCUUAAGGUUAAUUUCUCUAUAUAAAGUGUUGUGUUCCUAUUAGUUUGUAUUCACCGUCAUAUUCCAGAACUGUACCUCAAUAUUCCUUUACUUUGGUGUUUCUUAGUCAAUAAAGUAAAGAACCAACAGAUGUGGACUGUCCUUACAAAUCUCUUCUUGUAUUAAUCUAUUAAAAACAAAAAGUAAUCCAGCACUGUGAACGCCUGUCUGUCUGGCUCUCUCUACACUCCAGGUUUUGGCUCGUGUUAGGAUUGGCCGAUCGUGUCCCCAUGAUUGGCCAAGACUAAUCAUCAGGCCAUUUGAAGGUCACAUUAAUUUUUUCCUUACAACAUUCUAUCGUCUUGUACUUAACACCAGUGAAAUAAUAAUAAUAAUAAUAAUAAUAUAUUUCAUGCAAUAAUGUCUUGCAUUUUCCCAAAGAUGAAGAAGUUUGGUGUGUGUGUGUAGAUAGUGUCUCUUGAGUGAUGUGUAUUUUUUUUUCUAAGCAAGGUAUUGUUCUGGGGAUCUUAACUCCGUGUUUAUAUAUCAAAUAAAAUUUAUAAACGCAUCCAGUGAUCUCUGAAUGUAUAAUAAUAAUUUUCAUUCAACUUUCAUAAUAUUAAAGUAAUGGCAUUAUGUAUAAAAAGCCUUAUGUACAGACCAGUAUCUUUUAACAUACAGGGUCAUGCAAAAACGAAUAACUCAGAUCUUAAAUGAUUAUAUAUUAAAAAUUUGGAUAUUCGUUUUUGAUAACCCUGUAUUAAAAAAAAUUCAUCCAUGGCAGUUAUAAUAUACAUAAUUAUUAUAAUAAAAAAAAACAGACUUGUUUGAUACUCUCGUCCCGUUCAACUGUUCAAUCACCUUGUUCCGAUUGUGUGUUUGUUUGUAUGUUAACAGCACCACUUCAAAGAAGUUAUACAAAAAACUGACCAAAAAAAAGCUUUGGAAUAAAUAGUUGUGAUUGAAA